AUGGAGGAGGUGCUCCUCCUGGGCCUCAAGGACCAAGAGGGUUAUACAUCAUUUUGGAAUGACUGUAUAUCAUCUGGAUUGUGUAGCUGUGUGUUCAUUGAAUUAGCAUUAAAAGGAAGGUUACAGAUAGAGGCUUGUGGAAUGAGACAUAAAAGUCUGUUAACAAGAAAGGUGAUCUGUAAGUCUGUUGCUCCAACAGGGGAUGUCCUUCUUGAUGAAGCUCUAAAGCAUGUUAAGGAGACUCAGCCUCCAGAAACAUUCCAGAACUGGAUUGAAUUACUUAGUGGUGAAACAUGGAAUCUAUUAAAACUUCAUUAUCCGUUAAGAAAUAUGCAGGAACAAUUAGCUAAAAACCUGGUGGAAGAGGGCAUAUUGACAACAGAGAAACAGAACUUCCUACUUUUUGACAUGACAACACGUCUCUUCACCAACAACAGCAUUAAGCUGCUCCUCAUUAGGAAGGUCCAGGAUGCUGUUCUUAACAAGUGAGUGAGACCUUGCCUCAUGGACAAGCACCUGCUGGCCCUCAUUUACAUGGCCCAUGCCUCAGAUGUCCUGGAGAAUGCUUUUGCUCCCCUUCUGGAUGAGCAAUAUGACUUGGCCACCAAGAGUGUGAGGCAGCUCCUCCACUUGGAUCCUGAUGUAGAAUGUCUGGAGGCCUGCACCAACAAGGUCCUGUGGGUGGUGGUGGCAGCGAUCACCAAGCAGCUCUGCUCAGAGUGACAUGUUCUCCUUUCUAAUAAGCCAAUUGCUUCUAUUUUGUUGACUUCUAAUUUUCUGCAAUUUGUACUUCCCUAUACUAACAUUGGCUUUUGUUUUAUAAAAUAAUAGAUGAUUAUUUUUAAUGAGUACAGGAUUCUGCUGGUACAAGAAGCCUUCCUCUUUCUGUUUUAAAAAAAAGUUUUACUGCCAUAUUAGCAUUCCAUUCUCACUAUUACCUAUUUUGGGUUUCUGGUGUACUUUGUCUUUCAAAGUACCUCUAGUUUCUUCAUAUGUACACCUUUGGAUUACCUCAGGUUGAGUUUUUCCUGUACGCAUGUGCACAUCUCACAUUCUGCCUACAAUUCACACAGAAAUCACAAAAAGGCCUUUAAUCUACCAAAGGUAAAAAAAAAAACUGUAUGUAUUAGGACAUUUUAUACAUAGACCUCAGUUGAAGUGUAUGCUUAGUAAAAUUAUUUUUAAAAUUUAAACAACAUAAUAAAUAUAUAACACAAAGUGCCCCCUUGAAUUUUGCUUCCCAUGAAAAUCUGUUAUACUAUUUGUUAUAAUUUUAACUGUGAAAUCAUACAGGUCCAAUUGUUUCACAAAGCCAGUUUGGGAUGGGCUACAUUCAAGGUAUGAUGUAUAUAGUUUGAAUUAUAUAUAAUUACCCCUUCUUCUGGCCUCUGUUUUAGUAUUUUGUAAAAUUUAAUCAGUUUUACACCUGGUGCCCCUCACUUCAGUUAUUAUUAUUUGAGGGCAAAAUAGACCUCUCAUCAUGGAAUGAGAAAGAGGUGUGUCUGAUUGGUCCCAAAAUUCUUUGAGCUGUACCAUUCAUGACACUGCUUUUGCAUUUUGUUUUUGCUUUAUCAUUUCUGUAGGGAAGAGGCUUGUGACCAGUAUUAAUCUUGUACCGUAUAUUUGUUUUUUGAUCACAAGUGAAUUAAUGUCUUCUCUUAAAUCUCAUUCAUCUACUUACACUUUCUUGGAAGAAAAAAAUCAAAUGUCACUUAUAGCAGAUGUUGCAUGUAAAUUGUUAGCAAGUAAUGACUAAGGUCAGGUGAUUAAGAAUUUUAUAACAGAAAGCUCUGCUAUGUUUUAAUUUGUAUAUAUAAUUAGGACAAUUAGCACAUUAUAAGAAUAUAUACCUUUGAUUUUUAAAGUUUACUUUUACUAUUUCUUUAUCACUUUAUCAUAUCACAAUUCAUUUCAUAAUGCAAAUACUAUAUAUUGAACAAAUUAAAUGUCAAAUUUUUUAUUACCAUAGUUCAUGUUAAUAGUGGGGCUUUUAAGUAUGUAGAGUUUUUUUGGUUAAUAUUCAGUGCAAAAGUACUAGAUUGUAUAUAACUUCAGAUUUGAAUUUUAAGGGAUUCCCUAAUAUGUAUACUAUGUUUUUAUCUGAAGUAAU